AUGGCGCUAAAAUCUGCGAUCCGCAACUUGCGGGAAAACCCUCAGCUUCUCUUUGUCCGCCUUCCAAAUAUCCUGUCCUUCCUUUGCGUUGUUGUCGGCGUUGUCUGGCUACUCCUCCUUCCCUUGAACGACUACUCCCGACAAACCUACAUCUCCGAGAAUGCCUUGUUACCAGGCCAAGUUCAUGCCUAUUUUACGGGUAGUGAGCAGAAUAUUUUUCGAGGAUACAAGAAGGAACUCCAAGCAUUGAUUCAAGAGGGUCGUGAGAAUGGACCUCAGAACCCCGAGGUGGAAUCGACUCCAGCAAUCACCAACAAGAUCUAUUCGAUCCUGCAAGCUGCUGGAUUGAAGGUCGCGACCCAGAAAUACGAGUAUACCUCUGCAGGAAUUGGGUACCAGGGAGAAAACGUUUAUGGUAUCAUCCAUGCGCCGCGGGGUGAUGCGACAGAGGCAAUAGUCUUGGUCGCAGCAUGGAAGACUGCGGAUGACGAGUUGAACCUGAAUGGUGUGACCCUUGCCUUGACACUGGCGAGAUACUUUAAACGCUGGUCACUCUGGUCCAAGGAUAUUAUCUUCGUUUUCCCACCCGACAGCAAAACCGGAACUCAGGCAUGGAUCGAUGCCUAUCAUGACCUCCACCCUGCGUCAGUGCAACCGCUGCCAUUGAAGAGUGGUGCGCUGCAAGGCGCGCUGGUUAUUGAAUACCCGUUCGAGAACCACUUCCAUACACUCCACAUUGUCUAUGAUGGUGUCAAUGGUCAACUACCGAAUCUUGAUCUCUUCAACACGGCUGUAGCCAUUGCAGGGGGACAGAUGGGUAUCGGUGCCAACCUGCAAGAGAUGUGGCAGCACGACGACAGCUACCGGGACCGUCUGAAAACGAUUCUGCGCGGUAUGACCAAGCAAGGCCUCGGCUAUGCCACCGGAGCUCACAGCAGUUUCAUGCCAUAUCACAUUGACGCUAUCACUCUUCAGCCUAAGGGCGAGGGCUGGGAAGAUGAGAUGGCUCUGGGUCGGACGAUCGAGAGUCUCUGUCGCAGCUUGAACAACUUACUCGAGCAUCUGCACCAGAGUUUCUUCUUCUAUCUACUCAUGCAGUCCAAUCGCUUCGUUAGCAUCGGAACUUAUCUGCCUAGUGCUAUGCUGAUUGCCGGUAAUUUUACUAUCAUGGCGAUUGCGUUGUGGAUGCGAACUGGCUACUACUCGGACUCUAAGCCCAGUGUUCCCGCUGGCUCUGAGGGUCCUAAAUCCAAGAGCGAAAAGCAGUCUGACUCGGUCGUUCAAAAGGACGUGGCUGAGACCAAGACCGUUGGAAGUGCCGUCGCAGAGCGUGUCUUAGCCUUGCCACUUAGUUUGGUCAGCGGCUUGCAUUUGCUUGGCCUCGUUCCACUGUGGACAUUUAACACGAUCUUCCACCAGUACUUCACCGCUGCAACCUAUAUCUUUGUCGUUGUGGACAUUGUCCUCCCCUUGAUUCUGGCCGCACUACUGUCCAAUGGCCUAGGAAUUGCAAGGCCCAUUGUUCCCCAACAAUACCUCUUGAUCAAAUCUUUCGCCCUGCUCCUACUUGGUCUCUCCCUGUCUACCCUUGCCACACUCAACUUCUCCCUCUCCUUCAUGAUUGGCCUCCUCUGUGCCCCUCUUUCCUUCAUUACUCGCAUUCAAGGCCCUGCAGCAGUGCGCUACCCCAUCUCUAUUCUGGGCUUAGCGCUGCUGAACCUUCUCUCCCCGCCUGCCGUCCUCAUUGGCAUCUGCUGGUAUACCGGCGUGCCUAUUGAGACUGUCUUGACGCAAGCUGCGUUUGGUUGGGAUGUCUGGGGCAUGUGGACGCAAGUGGUGGUCUGGUGUGUGUGGUGGCCGGCCUGGUUGAUUGGAUGUGUCCUGUUGGGAUCGUCUAUGUUCUAA